AUGUCUUCCGCUUAUGUCGAGAAUGGCUACACUACGGGGUACGAGGUCAGGAGGCUGCAAACAAAUGACAUGGAAAUAGGUGUGACCGAUGCAGUCCAGAGGCACGUCCAAAGAAAUGUGGUUGCUCCAAAGCCGGUGACCCAAGGGAAGCUGGACUUCGAAUAUUCUCGGCCUCGUUGGUUGGGUGAAAUGGCAGCCGAGGCCAUGGGAGUCUUCUUCUAUCCUUAUCCUGGAAUAGCUUCCCAAGCUUCCAUUUUUCUCAAUGGGGCCGAGCCAGCCUUUGGAUCCAUCUUCCAAACCGGAUUGGCAUAUGCAAUGUACUUAUGCUCUCGACUUUAUUGGAUUGCUUUUGCCAUUAUUGUCUGCGGUCCGACUUCUGGUGGUCACUUUAACCCCGCAAUAACUCUGUGCUUUGCUAUUUGGCAAGGAUUCCCUUGGUCAAAAGUGCCAAGGUAUAUCUUUGCUCAGAUCUUCGGUAGCUUCUUAGCCGGUCUCAUCCUCGGCCAGUAUCACCCACAACUUACGCUGCUUGCUGCUAAAUUUCGCUCAAAAGGCUUGAGCCCAAACUCACUUAGAGGGCCGGGCAGUGUUCUUUCUAGUUUUCCUACAGCGACCGAGAUAAACUAUGGCUACUUGUUUUUUAUUGAAUUUCCUGUUGAUAGUUUCAUCGGUAUUGUGAUCUGGGCGGUUCUCGAUCCAGCGAAUCCGUUCAAUGCUCCUUCUUCGGCGCCCUUUGUUAUCGGCCUUGCCUAUGCCAAUAUGGUCUGGGGUUUCACAAACGUCACAAUCUCCACAAAUCUGGCUCGUGAUCUUGGAACUAGAAUUGUGGCGGCGAUCUUCUAUGGAGGAGACGCAUUCAAUACCAAUGCGCCAAUCGCCAUUCCGGUAAACGUCCCAGAAACUCUAUUCGGCGAGCCUUAUUCUCACAACAUGUUGUUUUUCCCUUUCGCCAUCAUUGCUAAGGGCCACAGUGUUCACGAAGAUAGCCAGGAAGGCCUGCCACACCACUUGACGAAGACCGGGCAAUGGAAGAGGGGAUAACGAGUAACAUUGCAAGGAGAGAUGACUACAAUGGAGCAUAUCAAAAUGGCAAGGCCGCCGAAGAGUCCCUCGCUUGAUUGUUGUCUCCGGAGUUGCC